AAUGUCUACCAACGAGAAUGUGAGCGGAACAGCAGCUGCCCGUUUGAACAGAUUCAAGAAUAAGGGAAAGGACUCCACUGAAAUGAGGCGAAGGAGGAUGGAAGUCAAUGUGGAGCUGAGGAAAGCCAAAAAAGAUGAUCAGCUGCUGAAAAGAAGGAAUGUUGGCACGUUCCCUGAUGAGGCCACCUCACCUCUGCAGGAAAACCGGAGCAAUCAGGUCACUGCCCACUGGUCUGUUGAAGAAAUUGUUAAAGUUAUUUACAGUAAUAAUGCAGAACUCCAGCUGCAGGCCACGCAGGCUGCCAGGAAACUUCUGUCCAGAGAGAAGCAGCCCCCCAUUGACCAGAUAAUCCAAGCUGGCUUGAUUACGAAGCUUGUGUCCUUUUUGGGAAGAGUGGAUUGCAGCCCUAUUCAGUUUGAAUCGGCUUGGGCCCUGACCAACAUCGCCUCUGGCACAUCUGAUCAGACAAAAGCUGUGGUAGAUGGUGGAGCAGUACCUGCCUUCAUUUCACUGUUGGCUUCUCCCCAUACUCACAUUAGUGAACAAGCUGUGUGGGCUCUGGGAAACAUUGCAGGUGAUGGUUCUGCCUACCGAGACUUGGUAAUUAAGUAUGGUGCUCUGGACCCACUGUUGGCUCUGCUUGCAGUUCCUGAUCUCUCUUCUAUAGCUCUUGGCUACUUGCGCAACGUAACCUGGACCAUAUCAAAUCUGUGUCGUAACAAGAAUCCCGCACCACCGCUAGAUGCUGUUGAGCAGAUCCUUCCUACAUUGGUUCGCCUACUGAAUCACCAUGACCCAGAAGUUCUGGCAGAUACGUGCUGGGCUGUUUCUUACUUGACUGAUGGUUCAAACGACAGAAUUGAAAUGGUGGUAAAAACCGGACUGGUUCCGCAGCUGGUGAAACUCCUGGGACGUGGAGAAAUUCCAAUAAUGACACCCUCCUUAAGAGCAAUAGGAAAUAUUGUAACUGGUACUGAUGAACAGACUCAGGUUGUAAUAGAUUCUGGUGCACUUGCUGCCUUCCCUGGCCUCCUUACUCAUCACAAAAAUAACAUCCAGAAAGAAGCUGCGUGGACCGUGUCUAACAUCACGGCUGGCCGGCAGAACCAAAUCCAGAUGGUUGUGGACCAUGGGCUUGUCCCAUGUCUCAUUAGUAUAUUGAAAAAGGGGGACUUCAAAUCACAGAAAGAAGCUGUAUGGGCUAUGACCAACUACACAAGUGGUGGAACAAUUGGCCAGAUCAUAUACCUUGUUCAGGCUGGUGUGCUAGAACCGUUGUUAAAUCUUCUGGUGGUUAAAGAUGGCAAAACUGUACUGGUUAUUCUGGAUGCCAUCACUAACAUCUUUAUGGCGGCUGAGAAAAUCAAUGAAACUGAAAAGCUUUGUAUCAUGAUUGAGGAAUGUGGCGGCCUAGACAAAAUUGAAGCUCUACAGUCUCAUGAAAAUGAAGACGUGUACAAAUCUGCUGCAAAUCUGAUUGAGAAGUAUUUCUCAUCAGAGGAAGAAGAGGAUGGGAACAUUGUUCCAGAAUCCAGUUCUGAUGCCUAUACUUUUCAGAUUCAAGAUGGUGCCAACCCUUUUAAUUUCUAAAUGGUCUAUGACAAA